CCAAGGGACCACACAGCCCAUUCUGCUCCAUAUACCAGCUUUCUGUCUCCAGAAAAAAAACACAUUUGAAGCAUGAAUUCCCAGCAGCAGAAGCAGCCCUGCACCCUACCCCCUCAGCCUCAGCAGCAGCAGCAGGUGAAACAGCCUUGCCAGCCUCCACCCCAGGAACCAUGCAUCCCCAAAACCAAGGAGCCCUGCCUCCCCAAGGUGCCUGAGCCCUGCCACCCCAAGUUUCCAGAGCCCUGCCACCCCAAGGUGCCUGAGCCCUGCCACCCCAAGGUGCCUGAGCCCUGCCCUUCAACGGUCACACCAGCACCAGCCCAGCAGAAGACCAAGCAGAAGUAAUGUGGUCCACAGCCAUGCCCUUGAGGAGCCAGCCACUGGAUACUGAACACCUUACCCCAUUCUGCUUAUGAAUACCAUUUGCCUAUUGACCCUGCGGUUAGCAUGCUGUCACCCUGAAUCAUAAUCCCUCCUUUGCACCUCUAAAAAGAUAUUCCUUUCCCUCACUCUGGAGGGCUCCUGUGCCUCUGAGUAAGGCUGAAAGUCUCACUGACUGAACUAGUCUUCUUGUUGCUCAGGGUGCAUCUGAGGAGGGAUUUGGGGAGGGAUCAAGUGAACUAUCCCUGGUCUUCCCUCAAUAAAUAACUUUUAACUCCA